GCAUUCCCGCGCAUGCGCAGUGCGGAUGCCCGUGCGAUGGCUGUGCGCGCGCUCUCCCCGCGGCUCGGUUCUGCUCCCGGUGCCGGUCUGCUGGACUUCAGGUCGGGCGCGCGCCUCCGGGAGCUGCAGCGGCUCAUAGCGGAGCUCGGCGCGCACGAGCAGCGCGAGCAUGACGACCAGCGCGCGCUGGAGCUGCACACGGCCAAGGACUUCAUCUUCUCAGUACUGGGCAUGGUGCAGAAGCUGGACCAGAAGCUUCCAGUGGCUAACGAGUACCUGCUGCUGUCGGGUGGUGUGCGGGAGGGCGUGGUGGACAUGGAUCUGGAUGAGCUGAGUGUUUACGCCCGUGGGACGGACUACAACGUGGACUUCACCCUCCUGGUGCCUGCCCUCAAGCUGCAUGACCGCAACCAGCCGGUCACUCUGGACAUGCGGCACUCGGUGCCGGGACACUCGUGGCUCAGCCUGCGGCUCUUUGACGAGGAAGCUAACAUCUCCCUCUCCCACGAGGGAACUGUGGGCAGGUGGAAGGACUGCUGCACGGACACUGAGCCUGAUGUCAGCGGGGUCAACAACUACUUCUUCUCGCCGACGUUGGUGUCCGACUGGUUCCACGAGGCGGUGGGCUCAGUUCUGAGAGAGCUGGGCCGGAAGCCACAGAGAGGAACGCCGCGGGUGGAGAAGCUGGAGCACAGCGGCACCGUCACCUCCAUUGUCCUAGCAGCAGGUGGCAGCCGGGUCUUGUACGACGUCGUGCCAGUGGUCUCCUUCAAAGGCUGGCCGGCCGUGGCUCAGGGCUGGCUAAUGGAGAACCACUUCUGGGACGGCAAGAUCACGGAAGAGGAGGUGAUCAGCGGUUUCUACCUGCUGCCCACUUGCUCACCUGUGGGUUGCAAGGAGAAAGAGUGGCGCCUGUCGUUUGCCCGCAGCGAGGUGCAGCUGAAGAAGUGCAUCUCUGGUGGCCUGAUGCAGGCCUUCCAGGCCUGCAAGGCUCUGAUCAGCAAACUGCUGCUGUCACGGCCCAAAGCGGUCAGUCCGUACCACCUGCGCUCACUCAUGCUGUGGGCCUGCGACCGGCUGCCCCACACCUACUUGGCGCAGGAAGAUCACUCCGCCCACUUCCUGCUAGGCCUGCUGGAUGACCUGCAGCACUGUCUGGUCAACAAGGCAUGUCCGAACUACUUCAUCCCACAGCGCAACAUGCUGGAGCACCUGAGCGACUCUGCUGCCAUCCUGCACGCCCGCCGCCUCUCCUCUGUCCGCUCCGACCCAGCUGAGCAUCUUCGCAGCGCCAUCCAGUGCUCCAGCGUCUCUACUACCCACCUUCCCCAGGCCACGCCCACCACACCCUCUGACUCUGCCUCGGAUCCCACCUCUGACUCCUCCCACGAUCACCGCCUCGCCCAGAAGCUUCAGCAGCUGGUGACAGAGAACCCCGGGAAGUCCAUCUCUGUCUUCAUCAACCCCGAUGACGUCACACGACCACAUUUCCGCAUCGACGACAAGUUCUUUUGAAGCCACGCCCCCCGUUGUACUGACUGUAUCGCUCAACAUAUCGUGCGUAGUUCUUGGCGUUACUUGGUGAAACUUACACACAACUUGCUGCAAGUUUAACGAAGCCGUUAAAAAAGUCACAUUGUUCUAUCAUUCCGGUUAGCGUGAGCGGUAGCUUCAUGUCUGGGGCUGUAAACAGUCUGAUAGGCCGGCUUUAUUUAUAGUUACACCAAAGCAUAAAAAUACACUGUCAUAGGGCCUCAGACUUCCUUACAAGCAGGCAAGCUAAACGAGCUCCAUCUGACAAUAUUUUCAAGCACGAACUGUCAACACACGGUCGUGUGCAAAAGUUUGUGCGCCCCAAAUAACAUGCUGAUGUUCAAGCACAAAAAAGUAAAGAACGUCCUCCACAGAGUCACUUCAGCACAUGCUAAUACACGACUACUGUUUAUUUACUGAACACACAUAUAUAUAUAUAUAUAUA